AUGGCCAACCUCCAUUCCGAGCAGAUCAAUCAGCUGCACGACAUCUUCAAUCGCUUUGACACCGACUCCGAUGGAAGCCUCACCCACCUAGAGCUCGCCGCCCUCCUUCGAUCUCUCGGCAUCAAACCCACCGGCGAUCAACUCCAUGCCUUACUUACCAACAUGGACAACAAUGGCAAUGGAUAUAUAGAAUUUGAUGAGCUUGUUCAUGCCUUAUUACCUGAUUUGAAUGAGCAUGUCCUAAUCAAUCAAGAACAACUCACCGAGUUGUUUCGAUCAUUUGAUAAAGACGGAAAUGGCUACAUUACCGCCGCAGAACUUGCCAGCACCAUGGCGAAAAUGGGCCAUCCGUUAACUUACCCUGAGCUUUCCGAUAUGAUGGCCGAAGCUGAUAGCAAUGGUGACGGUGUUAUUAGUUUCAAUGAGUUUGCAGGAAUCAUGGCAAAGUCAGCUUCUAAUUUUUUUGCGUGUUAA